GUGGCGCCAAAGAAGCAACUAACCGCUGAACGGAAUUAUCUAAACUGACGAAUUAAAAAGUGAAAACGUAACGGCAAAAACGGAAGUGUAACACGGGAAUUAUACGCCUAAAAGCAUGCGUGUAUAAACAGCUAACGGUUGGAAAUUCGUAUUCAUAUUUAAAAAGGCAAUUUUUAACCACAACUACUUGAGGAGCAUCACUAAUCCUUGACGUAAAUAAAAGCAAAUAAACACCAACGCCAAAUAAAAAAAAGAAAUACGAACGCAUUAGUCGAAGACAAAAUAAGAAUAACAACCUUCACAGCUAUUUCAAUAAAAAGCCACGCAAAUGCAACGUGACGCGUUCUUAAUUUACGCCCUGGCCUCCACGACCUUGCUGCUUGGAAACAGUUGGUAUGCCUACGCAUAUGUCGCCAUGCCAGAGGAUGGCGCAGCAGCAGCCGCAGCAUCAGACUCAACGUCCGGCUCGAAUGCACUUGGUGAAGUAACAGGAAUGAAGUCUCAUCCCAAGCAUAUGGCAGAAUUAAUAGCCGCCACAUAUCCUGACAGAACGGCUGCUUCGGCGGCGGGUUAUUUGAAAGAUGUUUCCGGAAGUGUCGCAUUUCAGCCAUCGCACCAGUUGUUGAAUGAGCUGAAUGGACGUGCGGCGGUCUACGAUCCGGGUGAUGAGUUACUACGCGCCUUAAAUGCCGAAAUGGCUGCCAAUGGACACGAAUUAGGCACACUGCCUGAAGAUCCCGAUUAUGCUGAUACAGUAUUUAACGAACUGGAAGUGGCAAACAAAUACGAAAUGUUACGUAAAUUAGAAAAUGAUUUGCGUGCUGAACAGGAAAUUGUUACGAAAUCGUCAUUGUUAAUGAAAAUGCUUGAGGACCCAAAUUUACAAACAUUGCCAGUCAUUUAUGUGGAGGAGGAUGAGGAGGAGCACUCCGAAGAAGACGCUGAUGUUAACAACAACAACAUGGCAUAUCAGUUAGGCGGAGUUGGUACUGGUGUGGCCAAACGUUCCCGUUACUAUCGUCGCUACCCAUGGAAGAGGCACAACAGGAAUCGCAGCACCUAUGAGCCAGAGUUGCGUUAUGCUUGCACACCCACCAAGGAGGAUGUCUUUAAGUUGCUGAUGAAUCUACAUGAAAAUCGUAAAGGCAAUCAUAGCAAAACCGUGAAUUUCUGCAAUCGCAAACGUCCCGCCAAGGCAAUUUUCACCAACAUACGUUUUCUGGGUUAAAUUGAUGAAGUCGAAAUGUCGCAACGUAAACAACUAACUAUGAAGGAAGAUGGCUGGAAAUCAAGAACGAAUAAAUAUUUUAGGUCAAAAGUAAUGAAGAGGAAGAAGAAGCAGGAAAGCAAAAAACUAAAACAGAAGGUUGAAGCAAUUAUUUACAAAAUUUUAGUGGGAUUUGAAAAAAAAAAAUCCAAACCAAAAAUAUUUAUGUAAACCGAAAUAAAUUAAAGCAGAAAAUUUGUAAAAUAUUAAUUACAGAGAUCAUGGAGAAAUAUAAGAAUUGUAGGCCCUUUAUGCAGCUUGGUAAACUUUUUGCGUAAAAUUUAAGCAUAAAAUUAAAAUAAAAAUUACUUUUCACUAAAAUAGUAUUUCAAUCAAAUACGGUAUCCUACAGCAGGCAGCUAUUGUAAAACAUUGUGAGACAACUGUAUUUAAAAUAUAUAUAUAUAAAUAUAUUAGUAUUAGCAGUCAUAUAAUGGAUGUGUUGCAUACCAGUAAAAUAUAUAUAAAUAAAUUUUUGGAGAUGAACCUUUGAAAUUUAUGUACAUAUAUAAUUUGGAGUUUUUUCGUAGCAAUAAUAUUAAGCACUAUACAAAUAUAUGUAUGUACAACAUUAAAAUGAAUUGCACAAAUAAAAAGUAAACAAGAACAAACAAUUUACAAUUUAAUUGCCUGCAUCAAAACCCAAAACAAAUUUGUAAAUAUAAAUGUCGUAGUUGUCUUUUAAACUAACUGAAUUUGGCUGAACUUGUCAAUGAAUCUUAACAGAAAAAUUUUAAUCGCUAACGCAUACGUAUACACAUACACACGCACCUACUUGAACACACUGGAAAUGUAAAAGAAAGCUGCUACAAUCACAGGUGUGGAAAAAAUCAUAUCAAUUCUUGUUUUUUCGUUCCUCUACGCCUAUCUACAUAACUAAUUGCGAGUAAUCUAAUUGUUCAGUUCAAAUAAAUGCAUAUAAAUAUACAUAUAUACAUACCACCUAAGAUAUAAAAUUAAAAAUAAAUUACAGCAGAUUAUAAAGCAUACGAAAUGAAGUCUUGUAAUUUAAAAUUUAAUUAGAAAUUGUACAUAUUU